AUGAAGUUGUCCAAGAUUGUUUUCAAUGUAUUUCAAAAUUUUAGUACAGCAGCUCAAAACAUUAUGAUAAAACCUGCUCAUAUACCUGUAAUGGUAAAUGAAGUGUUACACUACCUUAAACCAGAGACGGAUCAAAUUAUUCUGGAUAUGACUUUCGGAAGUGGAGGUCAUUCAAAAAAGAUUUUAGAACAUGCCCCCAAUGUUAAAAUUUUGGCUCUUGAUAGAGAUCCCCAUGCAUAUGAGUAUGCUUUAAAGUUAGCUACGCAAUUUCCUGGACAGAUUGUCCCAUUAUUAGGUAAAUUUUCUGACUUGCCAGAAUUAUUGGCAGAGCAGAGUUUUGGAAAGUGUUCUUUAGAUGGUAUUUUAUUUGACUUUGGUUGUUCUUCUAUGCAAUUUGAUUUACCACAAAGAGGGUUUUCAAUUAGCAAAAAUGGCCCUUUAGAUAUGAGAAUGGAUGGAAAUAGAAUUCCAGAUGCUCCAACUGCUGCAGAUGUUCUGUCAAAAGCCACAGAAAUUGAUAUUUAUCGAAUUAUAAAAUACUAUGGAGAAGAGAAACAGGCAAGAAAAAUAGCCAGGUCCAUAGUUGAAGCUCGGUAUUUGUUUAAAGCAUUAACCAGCACUGAAGAACUAGCAGAUUUGGUAGAAACAGUUGUGGAUGGUGUUUCCAAGUUUAACCCAGUUGUGGACAAGAAGAUUCAUGUUGCCACUAAAACAUUUCAAGCCUUACGAAUUUUUGUCAAUAAUGAAUUGAAUGAAAUCAACUAUGGUAUGCUUUUGGCCCACCAUUAUCUGAAAAUAGGAGGCCGAGUGGUCACUAUAACUUUCCAUUCAUUGGAAGAUAUGAUUGUAAAGAGACAUUUAUCAGGUAACUUAAUAGCAAACUCUGCUAAUCCCAUACCGUUAAAAUUCUCUAGCUAUAAUUUGUUUAUGGAUUCCAAUAUAAUUAACCAAGUGUUAGAAUUGAAUUGGAAUAUGUUACACAAAAAUGUAAUAGUGCCUAGUUUUGAUGAAAUUGAUUCUAACAGUCGUAGUCGUUCUUCUAAACUUAGAGCUGCUAUAAAAAUAAAGUAGUGAGUGUUUUUAUUUUCUUUUAUUUAUGCUGAGACAAGUACGAAAAAUAAAAUACAUUCGGCAUUUGUUUUCCUCCUUAUCUUUUCAUUCUAUUAUUUAGCUGUUUUAAAGUUGUGAAUUAACUAGAAGAUCCAGUUUAAAAUGAAAAAAUAGAACAGUGGUUUUAUUUCAAACGUAUUUAUUUUUAAAAAAUAUUUCUGUCAAUUGCAACUAAAAAUGAUAUAAAUUUCAUUAUUGGUAUAUUUUGGAUAUUUGCAUUAGUUUAACCGUCACAAUGAAAUAAAAACAAUUGCCACGUUUGUGUCUCACAAAAAUUUUUAAAAAAAUCU